AUGGCAGCUUUGAAAGAGUUCGAUGCGAGCGAAGUCGCAACUCAUAAAACAAAAAAUGACCUUUUUGUCAUUAUUCAUGGAAAAGUGUACGACAUCACAAACUAUGUGCGUGACCACCCCGGUGGUGCAGAUGUAUUGCUAGACGUCGCCGGUACAGAUGCAACAGAAGCAUAUGAGGACGUCGGCCACUCAGAGGAUGCGAAUGAAAUUUUGGAGACAUACCUUGUUGGUACUGUCAAGGAUGCACACGAAUUUGUCCAACGAAAGGUUGUUCGUGUGAUUAAGCCAACCUCUUCAGAUAAAGAAACGCCCAAAAAGUCAUCAAUCGUGCUCAAAGCUGCAACUACAAUUGCCGCCACAGCACUGAUUUAUGUCUCUUCGAAAAAUCACCAAGCCCUGGCUACCUUCUUCGCAAAGCACGCCCCAGCCUCCCUACGACUCUCUGAGGUUCGACUUCCAUUCACAAGCCUUCUGCGUGGUGGAUUUCUGAGUGGAGUCACUGCUGCCACUCUCGCUUGCGCUGCGAUCGGCGGCACCAUCGGAACUAAACUCUCAAAGUUCACUGAAGUCGAGUCUGGUUUCACACAGUACCGUCCGUACAAGAAAGCUUCAACAAUGAAGAAGCAAGACCCACAUCUUGUGAAGGGCUUCCUCGAGCCCAAGAACUACAAAAAGCUCCCGCUCGUUCAAAAGGAACAGUUAUCGCCUAAUGUGUACCGUUUCGUCUUUCAACUUCCCAAUAACCGGGACGUGAUUGGACUCCCAAUAGGUCAGCAUGUUGCUAUUAAAGCCAUGGUCAACGGUGCCUCUGUUUCGAGAUCCUAUACCCCGACAUCUAACAACCUGGAUCUUGGAAAGCUGGAGCUGGUUAUCAAAUGCUACCCAGAUGGCCUUCUCACUGGACAAUACCUUGAGUCUUUGGAAAUUGGCGACAAAGUGGAAUUCCGAGGCCCGAAAGGUGGUAUGAAAUAUCACAACGGCCUUUGCAAGAAGAUUGGUAUGAUCGCUGGUGGAACUGGAAUCACCCCAAUGUACCAACUCAUCCGAGCGAUUUGCGAGGAUGAUCGGGAUACGACUGAAAUCAGCCUGAUCUACGCCAACCGAAGCGAAGAGGAUAUUCUUCUACGUCGAGAACUGGAGGCUUUUGCACGAGGAUAUCCCAAGAACUUCAAGCUCUGGUAUAUGCUUGACCAUCCUUCUGACAACUGGGCUUAUGGUAAGGGAUACGUUACAGGAGAAGUCAUGGCUGCACGAUUGCCUAGCCCUGCACCUGAUACCAAGAUUAUGCUUUGUGGUCCACCAGGGAUGGUCAACGCCUCAAAGAAGUGCUUGGUGGCUGCGGGCUUUAAAGCUCCUGGUGCUGUCGGAAAGAUGACGGAAGAGAUCUUCUGCUUCUAG